AUGCCCUCGACAAACACCGCCACUGAAAACACAUCAAAGUCGCAGCUCGACGACUUCCUGCGCCGAACCAACAACGCGGAUCUUCAUACAGCCAAGCCAGGCGCAAAGGAUCAGGAAGAUUGGGAACUCGUCGACGAGCAGGCCGUUCUAGACGACCAAGACAAGACUGAGUGGAUUCUUGUGGGCAAGACCGAGGCGGAGAUUCGUGCGCAGGAUCAGAGCAAGGUGGUGGACAUGGACAAGACAGCAAAGCGCAAACACGAGAAACACCAAUUAGCCAAGCGACGCAUGGCAAAGCGUGCAAGGCGCAUGUAUUCGAUGUCCAAGUAG